AUGACAAAAACAGAGAUUGACAAAGAGCUUGUGGCUUAUGCCUACGAAAACCUCAACAACCUCCCCAAGGGACCAGAGUACGAAAAAAUGAUUCUGGGAGUUCCUUACAACUGUUGGGAUCAUAGCCUCUUUAUGGCGAGAAAUGUAGCCCACGAGAAGGCAAUUGACUAUGCUGGCAUUCGCUUAAAGGAUUACGACUACGACAUCAAAAAACAUCAUGCCGCCAGACACCAAUAUUUGAGUUCCAUAUUUGGCAACAUCCCCGAAGAUGCGUUUAUUGAGCCACCUUUUUUCGUCGAUUAUGGCUGCAACAUCAAAUUUGGCAAAGCAUUCUAUGCAAACUUCAAUUGUACAUUUUUGGAUCCAACAUUGAUCACUUUUGGCGACAAUGUAAUGUUGGGACCCAACGUGACUUUCACCACGGUAUCCCACCCCACCGAUCCAAAGCGUAGAAUUACCGCCGAGGAAUAUGCCGAGCCAAUCACCGUAGGUAACAAUGUUUGGUUUGCAUCCAAUGUGGUGGUUCUUCCCGGAGUUACUAUCGGAGAUGGUGCCGUUAUUGCUGCGGGGGCCGUGGUGCGUACUAAUGUUGCAGCCAAUACUGUUGUGGCAGGAAUUCCAGCACGGGUGAUCAAGACUUACGAGACGGAAGAAGAGAAAAAGGAAGUCAUUGACAAGCUUGAGCAUGGAACUCAUUGA